AUGAGUGCUUUUGGAGGCACUGGGGUGUCUGAGGGGACGUCUCCCCUGAGCAUGGGAGUCGGAUUAACCCACAAAGGAAAGGAUGAUUUAGAAGAGAGGAGGGUGCUCUGGAGAACAGUAUCUCCCACAGAGUGUGGGCUCAGAGAAGGAUUAGGAAAAGCAGAUUCUUGGUGGAAGGAGAGACCCUUGGUUAGUGACAAAUAUGAGGAGAGGACGGCAUCAUCAGAAACAAAAUGUCCAUUGAAUUUGAACAAAGGGCUUGAACUUAGAUUAAAAAGACAGGAUCUUUCGAGGACCCCCAUGGAGAGGAGUAAUUUAGGAGUCACCAGGGUCUCAACUUCACAGGAAACAAGACCUCCCCUGGGUAUGUUGCCAGAAAACGAGUGUCUUCUGGCAAAAGGUUCUGGAAGGAGAACACGGGAUCCCUUGGGUAUGGUGUGUGGAAGCCCACAGGCUCUGGGGAGCAGGAGAGGCCCUGUGGCUGGUGCCCCUGAAGGGUUUGGGGCCUCGGUGGACAAACAGCAGGCUUUGGGUGUGGCACCUAGCCAGGAACUGGGAAAAGAGCCCUCCUGUGUGGUGGUGAAGCCCAGUGCAGAGAUGACGUGUCCUGUGGAAGUGGACAUUGGGCUGCCCCAACCAGAGGAGCCAGAUGCAAUGGGAAAUACAGAGCCCCCAAUAGGCUUGGUGAUAGAACCCUCUGAGUGCCAGUUUGCCCAACAACCUGAAGAGGAAAUGGAGGCUGAAAACUUUGAACCUAGAGUGGAACCUCCAGAUUGCAUCAGACCCAUCUACACUGGGAAAUUUUUUGAUCGAAUGCCGUGCUAUCCAAGCGCAGGGAAAGUUAUUCCAAUUGGAAACAGAGUUGCAGCCUGCUUGACUGAAAAACUUCCAAGGCCAAUUACUCCACCCGAGGCAAAAAAAUUUUACAACUUCAGAUAUCCACCUGCUGGAGCCGAAAGAGUAUUUUAUGGCAGAGCAAAUGACCCUCAAAUUGCACAGUAUUUGACACAUGGAAUAAGAUCUAAACUUUCACAACCGGCAGACGUAUUGAUAAACCCGCAGCCUAUUACAACAUUCCAACAGAAAAUUAAAGAUAAAAAGGAAUCAAUAUAUUUCAGUAAUCAACGAGCACCAUUAGGAAAAUCUCAUGAUCAAUCACCAGGAUUACCUAAAGGCCUGGAUGUACUCAAUACGACAUUUGGAACAAAAGUCAUCAGAGAUAUAUCUGCUGGAGAUGUGGUGAAUCCACCGAAACCCUUUCAUGAAGUAUUUAAAGAAGGAGAAGAAGGGCAUGACCUAUAUGUUGUUUCUCACAAUGAUUAUUAUGUGGGAGAAGCAAAGAACCGAAAAUAUAACCCGUCAACUUUCCAUAGGUUUAACCUGUUUGGGGUCUCAACACCCCAUUUUAAUGAUGGACGAACCAUUGCACAAAGUUUAUAUUGGCUCCACGAAUUACAAAUGAAAAAAGGAGCGAAGGUUGUAUCCAAGAGAAUUGAUGAUUUCAAAGAAAAGUUUCAACAUCAACUUGGGAGAGUCUUAGAUCCCAUUGCAGAAACAAUGAAUGUUCAUCCGGACCACACAUUUGGAGCUUGUCUCCGUCCUGACGACUAUGGCUCUGAUGACCUCAUCUAUAAUAGACUCCCGAGUGAAUACCUUCGAGGCAAGGACAGGGAGCGAGCCCUGGUCGCAGCAGUUCGUCAUCACUUGAAGAACUUUAACUGCGAAAAGUUUGACUCUUUGGUGGCAGCCUUCAGGCACUAUGAUAAGAAGGGAGAUGGGGUGAUAGAUAAAGAAGAACUUCUGGAAGCUUGUGAACAAACCAACUUGCACUUAGAUGAGAAGCUCCUGGACCAGCUAUUUGCCUACUGUGACGUGAAUAAUGAUGGGCUGAUUAGCUUCCUGGAAUUUGCAAAUUUUCUUAACUGGAAAGAUAAAAUGCCUCUGAAAGAGUAUGAAGAGAGGGUUGUCAUUAAAGGUGGAAAACCAGAUUGUGCAAACCCUGCUGAGGCUAUUUCUAGAGAAUCAGAACCAACCCUCCUGAUAAAGCCUGAAGACAUUGUCUUAAAUGACGACUCAGAAAAGACUCUCCGGACACUUCUGAGGCCAAAGGAUAAAGUUGCCAGCCACUAUAAGACCACUUCUUCUGCUAUCAAUGCGGUUGUAGGAGCUGUCCCUUCCAUGUGUUAUCCCAUCUAUGGUGUUCCAACUAUUCGGUCUGAUAUCCCUGUCCCCCGAAUUCGCCGCAUCGAUGAUAAAAAGAAUUAUGGUGAAGAAGGCAAUGCCUAUUCAUUGCUAUAUCCUUCCAUCUUUGGCCAGAAAGGACUGUUUGAAAGAGACUUCUUCCAAACCAGAUCUAAAAAAGAGAUUGCGGAGAUAUUAUGUAAGAUUGGUGUCAAACUUUCUGAUGAAGAAUUUGAAAAUGUAUGGAAUCUUGCAUCAAAAAAACAUCACAGAGGAGAAGUCUGCAUAGAGACCAUUAGAAAUGUUCUAGAUGAGCUACGACAUGCAGAACGAGCUAAGUGUAAAACAACCAUGUGA